AUGGACGCUGACAGCUCGCACGUGUGGAGCAGAGCAGCUGCCGUCGCUCUUGAUGCCCAAGACCCCCUUUCCAAUAUCAGGGACCAGUUCCUCAUCCCUUCCCAGGCCCAAUUGAAGGCGGGAAGUUUGUCAGAAGCAGAGUCCCGUGACUCAUCGUCACCUGAUGCAUCUUUGUCUUCAUCCUCAUCUUCAUCGGCCUCGGCCUCGGCCGUCUACCUCUGUGGCAACUCUCUGGGCCCCCAGCCACGCGUGGUCGCCACGCGCCUCCAGCAGCAUCUCAGUACGUGGUCCAGCCAGGGCGUGUUUGGGCAUUUCAAGCCCCUUUCCGAGUCCCCCUUGCCAACAUGGGUCGAUGCCGAUGUGAAGGCGGCCGAGAGCAUCGCGCCCAUCGUCGGUGCUCAAGCGCCAGAGGUAGCGAUUAUGCAGACGCUGACCGCCAAUCUACACUUCCUCAUGAGCGCCUUCUACAAGCCCGAUGUCAAUGGCCGCCAUAAGAUCAUCCUGGAGACCAAGGCAUUCCCUUCAGACCACUUCGUGGCGGAGGCCCAAAUUCGGCAUCACAAUCUGGACCCGAGCACAUCCAUGGUCACGAUAUCUCCUCCUUCUCCGUCAGAACCAAUCCUGACUACGGAGCAUAUACUCUCGGUCAUCGAUGAGCAUGCUAGUACCACUGCGCUACUUCUCCUUCCGGGAAUCCAAUUUUACACUGGCCAGCUUCUCAAUAUACCGCUCAUAACUAAACAUGCACGCUCCAAUGGAAUCUUUGUCCUCUGGGACCUCGCUCACGCCGUUGGCAAUGUUCCCCUCCAGCUCCAUGACUGGAAUGUCGAUGCCGCCGCCUGGUGCAGCUAUAAAUACCUCAAUGGUGGCCCGGGAACCAUUGGUGGUCUGUUUGUCCACGAGCGCCACACGCAAGGCGCUUCUGCUCCCAAUAGAUUGGCAGGAUGGUGGGGCAGCUCUAAGAGCACGCGCUUCACCAUGGACAAUGAGUUCGUCCCCAUUCCUGGCGCCCGAGGCUUCCAGCUUUCCAACCCUUCCAUCUUGGAUAUUACAGCUUUGAAUGCCUCGCUAGAAGUCUUUGCUUUGGCGGGUGGCAUGGGUCCCAUAAGGGCGAAAUCGCUCAGGUUAACAUCGUACUUGGAGCAGCUGCUUGUGGCCUCCCCUGCUUUUACGCAGGGGCGUUUCCAGAUCAUUACACCGAGAGAUCCAGAGCAGCGCGGUGCGCAGCUCAGUUUGAAGCUGAAAGGGGGCCUGCUAGAUGUCGUGAUGGCGGAGCUGGUUGCCAGGGGCGUGGUCGUCGAUGAGCGUCAGCCGGACGUGAUCCGAGUGGCGCCUGCACCCCUGUUUAAUAGCUUUGAGGAUUGCUGGAAAUUCGCAGAUGCUUUUGCGAACGCACUAAACGCUGCUGAGAAAUAA